UAUCAUAUAGAAUAUAACAUGGGCGCUUUGGAUCAUCUCUCCCACAUUUUUGAUUGCUCUUCCGGUUGGGGAAAUAGAAGAAGGAUCAAUAAACUAAAGCACUUUCAGACGGUGGAGAUGAAGAUGUCUAUAGAUUGUGAAGGUUGCGAGAGGAAAGUGAGGCGGUUGCUAGAAGGAAUGAAAGGAGUGACGUCGGUUGAAAUCGAGCCGAAUAAGAGUAAGGUUACGGUGGUAGGUCAUGUUAACCCGACAAGAGUGGUGGCGCGUUUGGCUUUCCGAACCGGGAAGAAGGUUGAGAUAUGGCCUUAUCUCCCUUCCGACGUCGUUUCACAUCACCACCACGACUCAUACUCAUCCGUCCGCCACAACCACCACGACCCGCCCAACCUUCAUCUCCCCCGUGCUACCUCCACUGAGGUCCGUUACACCGCCGCCUUUAGUGACGACAAUACCGCCGCUUGCUCAAUUAUGUAA